UUCGACCCCGCGCGCGCACCCGUCUCAAGCGUCGUGUUCGUUCGCAGUCCGUCAGUCUAUCGGCAACCUGCGUACCAGUCGUGUCGCAGUGCUUACGUAACAAUAUAUUAUUAUUAUUCUUACUUGCCUGACCGGUGUGUUGUUCAUUUAUAAAUCGCGGUCUACGUUUUUCGUUUGUCCCUCGCCGAGUUAUUCGUCUUUCCUGCUCGGUCUCUCUAAUUGGUUAAUCACCACACAAUUGUAUACAUAUACAGAGUCAAUCAACAUAACAUAUAUAUACAUAUCUUUCAAUCUACUACAUAAACGCAAAGGAAUAUAAUACAAAUACACAUAAAAAACAUACGACGAACGCACGCGCUGCGCUGGCGAAAAACGCGUUUUACGUCUAACGCGAAUUGUCGUUACCUGCUUCUUGUCUGCAUACAUCGUCGCGCGGAUACAUCCGGAUCCAGAUCGUCGGUCAACGUUCAACCGUGCUCAUCCAUCUCCGUUCACGUGAUCGAUUAAUACGCGAUUAAUCAGUAUCGUUUAAUAAACGUGAAUAUAACGGAAUACGUGAAGAGAGAGCGGAUUAUACCUCGCUGCUGCAUGGGCUACUACCUGCCGGUAGAUGAACAAGUGUCGUCGACGAACUACCACGGUAGAGCACGUUCUCUGGGUUUGGCCCUCCUCCACGGGCACGGUGUAUCGAUUGCUCUAAAAUAGACGCGUGGGAACACCUGCAGGCUACAUACACAUUCUACCUACAACUCAGACCAUCUCGUUCUCUCUCUAGCCCUCUCUCUCUCUUACUUCUCUCUGCAUCGGUCUUUCCUGACGCCCUUGCAGCGCGUGACAGGUGCAACGAGAGUAACGGUAGCAGCACCGCGCUGUUAUAGGGCUGGAGGUGGAGGAGGUAGUGACGGUGAAGGUGGAGGUGCAGGCGACGAAGAAGAAACAUAACAGGAAGCGGAAGAAGCGAAACGACGAAAAGGAAGAGAGAGAGAGAGGUAGAACGGAAGAAAGUAGAACCGACACACAUACAUACGUGCGCGCGCGCGUUUAGAUACGGAAAGGAAAGGAGUAAAGGUGGAGAAGGAGGAAGGAGGCGAAACGCCUGGGUUUCUCGCGAGAAAAGGGUUAUUUCCAGUGAUACGUCCUGGAGGCGCCUGUCGUCUUCGCCGGUACAACCAUAACGCCGCCCGCUUUAAAACGCCCGAGACGGGAUACGGUGGACUCAUCGCCGCCACCCGCUCGAACCGCAGCCCCCGGAAACCCCGGACCAUCCAGCAAACUCGCUUGCAUCAUGGACGCACCGCUCUCACAGAGUAUGGACUCCGUCAACACGGUGGCCACCGGUGAAGACGAGUAUGAUGGAUAGUACAGAUGCGUACAAAAAUGGAUCCUGGAUUUUCGCUAGCUUGGAAUAGUAUUGUUCAAGGAUAUCAACAAGAAUAAUGUGCGCACCUUGUUCGUGAGCGGCUUGCCGAUGGACGCCAAGCCGAGGGAGCUCUAUCUGCUGUUCAGAGCGUACGAGGGGUACGAGGGAUCCCUGUUGAAAGUCACAAGCAAAAAUGGGAAAACAGCGUCGCCGGUGGGUUUCGUGACUUUUCACACGAGGGCCGGUGCAGAGGCGGCGAAACAGGACCUUCAGCAGGGGGUUAGAUUCGAUCCUGAUAUGCCACAAACCAUACGUUUGGAAUUUGCAAAAAGUAACACAAAGGUUAGCAAACCCAAGCAACCAGCCGCUGCAGCAGCCACCUCGCACCCUGCUCUGAUGCACCCUCUAACUGGACACCUAGGGAGCCCAUUCUUCCCUGGUGGUCCUGAAUUGUGGCACCAUCCAUUGGCGUACUCGACCGCUGGCGAAUUACCAGGCACGCUGCAACACGCGACGCUGGUGCAUCCGGCGUUACAUCCUCAGGUCCCCGCGCCCAUGUCUCUACCGCAUCCCACGACGCUGACGUCGAUACACGCGUCGCUACCCCAUUUCCUACCCUCGCCGGCACUGGCAUCGCCGGUUGGUUCACCCUCGUCCCAACCGAACAUAGCAGUGAGCAACGCGCCCUGUUCCACCCUCUUCGUGGCCAACCUCGGCCAAUUCGUGUCCGAGCACGAGCUCAAGGAUAUCUUCAGCAGUUUUCCUGGUUUCUCCCGGCUUCGUAUGCACACGAAGGGAGGGUCGCCAGUGGCCUUUGUCGAAUACCAAGACGUUCGCUACGCGGCCCAGGCGAUGGCCACUCUCCAAGGAUCCUUUCUCCUCUCCUCCGACCGGGGAGCAAUACGAAUCGAAUAUGCAAAGUCAAAAAUGGCCGAGGUGGGCUUUACAAAUCUCUGGAUCGAAGUAGGUUUCAUUUUAUGCUACGCUAGCCGCUACAAGACACCGUGUCAACAAAACGCAAUCCCGACGAAAACGCAGCAUCCCUGUGCGCGACACAUUAUCCCAGAUAUAUAUAUAUAUACAUACAUAUAUACAUAUAUAUAUAUAUAUAUGUAUAUAUAUAUUUUGUCUCGACUCUCAUAACUCGUCUCGUAUCAUCGUCGACGACGUCUCUUCAUCACGAUGCAUACUAUUUCCUUUUUUCUUCCCUACGACUUUUCUCUUCUUCUUCUUCUUUUCUUCGAUCCUUUCUCUCUCGAUCGCAUCGCGUUAUUGGCCAUCGAUGUGGCCUCUCGACAAUCGUUCCCUUCGUUUUUUUUUUUUAUUUUUUUAUCCCCUGUUUAUCUCCCCGUAGCACGAAUUUUUCUUUCUUUCUUUCUUUCUUUUUUUCUUCCAUCAAAAAAAGAAAACACUCCAACGAGACUUGCACGAAGCACAGAUCUGCGUUUUCGUCGCUGGACAUCGCAGUAUAUAUACCGUGGGGAGUUGGAUGAUAUGCCUCUGGAAGGAAACGAGGAUAUUUUUACGUCGCCACUUUUGCUCGCCCACUCCCAUCAGAGACAGGCUUCUCUCACUUUUUUCCCCCUCCCAUUUUCCUCUCCUUGGCAUUUUUUGGCUGGCCCUGAUGAUCAUGCUGAAAUCGGAGAGGGGACGAUUCUUCCAGCGAAUAAAUUUUCUGUUUUUCGCAAAUUUUGUUGCUCUUCUGAGAGAGAGAGAGAGAGAGAGAGAGGAUAAUUGCAGUUGCGAUGCUCUUAAAUGGAUUUUAACAGAGAUUAGUAUCUCUUAAUUGGAGCAAUGUAAUGUUCAUUGUAUAAAAUUCGCAAACAAUUUUAAAACAUCUUUUCCCUUUAUUACUCAACAUCCCCUCUAUCUCUUUAUCCCUUUGUUAAUCGAUACUUGAAACUAUCAACAGAGAUAUGACAAUCUACAUUGAAAUCCAGCGGAGAAGCUCGAUUACUUUUUUUAUAUCAAGAGCAACGAAAAUUUCCUCUCUCCCUUCGAGCUUCAGGAUCAUCAUUUCAGGAUCAACCGUUUAAUGGCAUUUAACAGCACAAUUAAUUACAUCUGUAAAUAUUUCUCCACCUAUGUACUUCUCAGGGGCAUUUUAGCACAGCUCCCUACUCGUACAGUGGUCUCAGCCAGUGAACUGUGAGGCAGCCAAUUAAGGCCCGGUUUAGCUCGAUCUCGUCGCUUUUCCCUCCUGGAUCCUCUCGAUCGACGCCUCCCCCUCCUGAGCUGAGCCCACUACGUGAUCGCCAACCGCCAAUUAUCUUCUGCUAAUCGCCUAUUAAUUGUUUAUACUCUUAACCCGCAGAUCUGCAUCUUUUCUUCCUCCUCGUCUCUCUGCUCCCCCCUCCUAUUCCUUUCUUCUUUCUUACUCUUUCAUUAUUUCACGUUCGAGGCUCUCCUCGAGGAAUUGAAUUCUGUGAAGUUUUCUUUUUUUUUUAGACGUUUUAAACUCGAGUUAGAGUUCGAGCGACGAAGAAUUCCCUUCCCUUGGACGAUCUUUUUGUUCGAAAGUUUUGAUAUCUUCGUUGAUUCGAGCAAAGGGAAUCCGUGUUUCGUUGUUAUAACAAAGAAUUGGUUAGGACUUUGUAAAGGAAGAAAAAAUGAUGUAGAAAAGUACAGGCUUGUCCGAGCGGUUCGUCGAGCAAAUCGAAAUUGGGAAAAUGAAUCUUUGAUGGCAGAAAUAGAACGAGACUUGUAUUGUCUCGGUUACAUUACAUUGCCUUGUUCCAUUCCUGCCUUGUUUCGUCUAAUCCAAACUACUUAAUCGCUCGCUUAAAAUAUAAAAUAAGCGACGUUUCUCAACAUUAUCUUUAUUUCCUUCUCUGAAAUCGGUCGGUUCGAAAAAAAAAUUUAAUUCGAAGUCGACUCUUGGAUCACUUACUUUAAUCGAUUUAUCGUACGCCAAACAAUCAAGAUUACACGAAAAACGGAUUACAAUGGCGAAAUGAGUCAUUUCAAUGAGUCGCUUCUUACUAGUAAACUUUAUACUCGAAAUUUUCAACUUUUUAGUUUUACUUUUUCUAGACUCUGCCUCUGCAUAGAACGUUCUCGCAUCCUGUAAAAUUUAAAAAAAGGAAGGAAAACUUGCGCUUAAUGUAACUUUUCGAGAAAAGAAAAAAAUUUGUGAAAAAAAAUUAUCUUAUCUCGAAUUGGAUAAAAAUUCGAUUCUUUUAACGACAAAUAUAAUAAUCUCGCGCGUAAUAACGGAAAAAUCAUCCUUGCCGCCAUUUUCCUUUCCUCUCCCUUUCGAAUUUUGCUCGAUUUUCUUUUUCUUCACCGCGUUUUCACGCUUGGUGUGCACACCUUGACCUCGUCUGUUUUUCUUUCCUCCUCCUCCUCACUCCUCCUUUUUUUCUUUCUUGUAUUUUGUUUUUCCUGGACGUGAUCUUUUGAUAUGCGACACCUUUGCACCGUGUCCUGCCGCGCUUUUCGCUGGAGAUCUCGUUGCUGGGAGCGAGAUUCUCGGGGGAAGGUCGGAUAUCUAUGUUAAAACGUCGACUAAUUGCCGGGUCACGGAUAAUAAAGGAUGAAAGUAGUCUUUUUCUACGGAUAUUUAAAAAAAAAAAAACGACGUUAAAAAGCGAUAAGGCUUCUUCGUAAUUUUAAUUUUAACUUCGAGAUGGUAAUUUUUUUUUUUUUUUGUUGCACAAUUUU